AGUUAAGAGUAGGGAGAGAGAAAAAAAAAAUCCAGUGUUGUCUUGUUGGAUGACUGGAUAAACUUAUCAUCUUGGUUCUAUUCCCAAUCAUCUUACCCAGCUUUGGUACUGGAAUCAGCCAACCAUAAGUGUGAUGAAGCUUGCUCUCCAUCCUUUGUAGUCAGCCUCCAAUUAUCAGCCAUGAACUCUCUGCUUUCAUUUCUCCUCCUCUCGAGUUUUGGAUUGGGUGCCGGCCAUACAAGAUGUCGUAGUUCCUCUUGUGGAGAACUCCGUAUCAGCGACCCUUUCCGCCUUAAAGGCGAUCCAGCUUACUGUGGGUUGCAGCAGUACCAAUUAGUCUGCGACGGUAACAAAACUAUUUUGGAUUUGAAUCCAGGAAAGUAUUAUGUCACUGAGAUUUCAUAUAAUGAUUCUACCUUCUCAGCCGGGACCUUACAAGUCGUGGAUGAUAGCUUAGCCAGUGGCAAUUGCGGUCUUCCUCCCCAUUCUCUGUCAUACUCUAUGUUGGAAGGGGCGGGAUACUAUUCAGCGGGACAGUUAUGGGCUAGUUUUGUGAAUUGUACGAGGAUGAUCAAGAACGACAUGUAUUUGCCAGUUUCUUGCCUAACCGGGAACAACACAUUUGUCUAUGUUAUAGUUUCAGAAUCUGCAUAUGAACUAAGGUUCCUUGAACCUUUCUGUGCGUAUUCAGCUAUGUUUCCUAUCACUGCUGCUCCCAUAAACAACUCAGCAUUAGAAGUUAUCAAACUCUUUCAAAAGGGCUUUACUCUGAUUUGCAUGAGUGAUCGGUCAAUAUCACUCCACGCGUGUCUGAGAGAUGCCAAAAGCAUGUUUUAUGAGCAAAGUUCCAGCAAUCGAAUUCUUUCUCAAAUUUCCGCCCUAGUCUACGGUGCGAUGUAUUUCUUAGGUUGCUUGACGUAUUACUUUAGUGAGAGCAUGACUUUCGGAAUUGCAGCAGCUUUGGUGAUAUUAUUACUGAUUAUGCAGCUACUGAUGGUAUUGGCAUUAUUGGGUAGGUGUGUUUGUGCACCGCUGGCGGUUUACCUUUUCCUUGCCUACAAAUUCUGGAGCACGCGAGUGUCCAUCGACAUUGUUGAGAAGUUUCUCCGAAACCAGCGGACCUUGACACCGACAAGGUAUGCCUACACCGACAUCAUUGCGAUCACAAACCACUUCAAGGAGAAAUUAGGGCAAGGAGGCUUUGGGUCUGUUUUCAAAGGAAAACUCGCAGGCGGCCAUCUGGUCGCCGUGAAGAUGUUGGGCAACUCAAAAUGCAACGGAGAAGAAUUCAUUAAUGAAGUCUCCACCAUUGGUCGGAUACACCAUGUGAACAUAGUGCAGCUUGUUGGGUUCUGUUCAGAGGGAUCCAAGAGGGCCCUCGUCUAUGAGUGCAUGCCUAAUGGCUCACUGGACAAGUACAUCUUCUCCUCAAAUAGAACCGGCGCUCGUCCUUUUACAUUGGAGAGACUCCACAAGAUAGCCCUAGGCGUGGCUCGGGGCAUCGAUUACCUGCAUAGGGGAUGUGAUGUACAAAUUUUACACUUUGACAUCAAGCCCCACAACAUCCUCCUAGGCCAUGACUUCGCUCCCAAGGUUUCAGAUUUUGGACUGGCAAAGUUGUACCCGAAGGACUAUAGUUUACUGCCCAGGAGUGCUGCCAGAGGCACAAUAGGUUAUAUAGCUCCUGAAUUGAUAUCUAGGAGUUUUGGUGUUAUAUCUCACAAGGCUGAUGUCUACAGCUUUGGAAUGCUACUGAUGGAAAUGGCAGGUGGGAGGAGGAACGCGGAUCCACGACCAGGGUGUUCAAGCCAGGAUUAUUAUCCUUCAUGGAUAUAUGAUAAACUCAUUCACGAAGGAGAGCUCAAAAUCGAUAACUCUUUUGAGAUCUCGAAUGUAGAGAGGAAGUUGUGCAUGGUGGGCCUGUGGUGCAUUCAAAUGAGAUCAUGCGAUCGCCCCUCAAUCAGCGAAGUUGUGGAAAUGCUGGAAGCUGAUGUAGAUAGUUUGAAAAUCCCACCCAAGCCUUUCCUUUCCCCAGAGGAACCCAUUUCUGUAGCAUAUUCCCACCAGGAUUCGUCUUCAACUGAGUUAUCUAUCAUCCCAGAACAUGAAUGACUUUCCCUUGACAUGGUUCUACUUUGUCUUAAUUACAAGGAAUAGGAAAGCAAUGGAGGAGCCAUCCAUUCUGAUCUCAUCUCGAAGAUAAUCUGGGUUCCAAGAUUGCAUGAGAUUUGUGCGAGGAAGGACUUUGUAGAAGCUAAAAAAAGCUCAUACUAUUUUCUCUACUUGUUUCUUCAAAAAAGGGAUAGAGCUACCCAUUCAUGCGAUUGAAGCAUUCUUUUCUCCGUGAAAUUUUAUAGAAUAUAUAGUUCUGAAUGAUCUCAUAGUUGCAAGUAGUGAAUAAUUUGAAUGUGGUUUUAUCAUAUUUAGGUGAAAAUGACAACAGUUAUCUCAUAUCUGAACUGAAAAUA